AGAUGCAUUUUUUUCCUUUUUCUUUGACAGUUCUGCACAGAACUUGGUUAAAUAACUAAAGUCUUACAAUGAUACUGAAAGAUAUUGAGAAUCUAAGAAAUGACAAGCUAUCGAACUUGCGAAACAAAGUCCAUUCAAAAAUCCACAAAAAAUCCACAGUUUAGACCUACCCCUGUACAUUUUGUACAGUGAUACAUGUAAAAAGCUUUAAAGUCACUUUUAUGACAAGUCCCAUGGUCAAAUUACAAAUUUUCAUCGCAUAACACUCAACUCACAACCUGUAAACAAUGGAAAGUGAGGACAACAUCAGCAGACAGGCUGACGAGAUCGAAGCCCUCUCUGCAAUCUACGGAGACGAAUGGUGUGUCAUUGAUGAGGAUGCUCAUACAUUCUGCAUCCGCAUUGACAAGGAUGAAGACGCCAAGAAAAAUGCUCAAAAAUUGUCCGUGUGUUUACAGAUCAUUUUCCCCCCAAAUUACCCAAGUGAUUGUCCACCCAUUUACCAAAUCAAUGCUCCGUGGUUGAAGGGGGAUGAGAGGAUUGAAAUGGAGAAUGCAAUGGGAGAUGUUUAUAUAGAAAAUGUUGGUGAAAGCAUUGUCUACCUCUGGGUUGAGAAGAUCAGGGAGGUAUUACAGGGCCGGGAAAGCAGGAAUGGCGAUCAAGUUGUGUCAGGUCGGAAGAACAUCAGCUUAGAGACUGAUGACGGUGAUGAUGAAUUCGAUCUGACUAUGGUUGCUCAAUACCACUACCAACCAGAUACAGCUAUAGAACUUGUAUCCAAUAAAGAUGCAGUGGAAUGCCCUCCCAUUUACCAUGGUGAGCCUUUAACAGACAGAAGAAGUACAUUCCAACCCCAUCUAGCACCGGUGUUAUACAAAGAGCAAGUGGAUAUGGUGCUACGCAAGUUAUAUGAAAAUAAAAAAAUAGCCAAUGCCACACAUAACAUAAUGGCUUACAGAAUCUUCAAGUCCGAACCGAGUCCACGUUACAUCCAAGGUUGUGACGAUGAUGGAGAGACACAUGCUGGCUCAAGAGUUUUACAUUUACUGCAGAUCACAGAUGUUCAGAAUGUGAUGGUUGUGGUAACACGCUGGUACGGUGGCAUUUUACUCGGUCCCGACAGAUUUAAACACAUCAAUAACUGUGCAAGAAAUAUUCUAGAAGCACAUGAUUAUAUACACAGCAAGGACGACAAGAAAGGACAAAAAAAGUCAUCAAAGAAAGGAAAGAAAUGACAGUGUGAUAAAAAAAUUUGGACUCCACAAACUUUUAUUCAUAGUUUUAUAAAAAGAAGGGAAUGGUGCUUCUUAGUAACUAUCUGUAUAAUUGUGCUGAUCAUGUGAUGACGCAGGAAUGGAGAUGGUAUUUUAAAGAUUCCUGAAAGAUUCUAUUCAUGUGAUCUGGUCUGGCAAAAGUAGGCUCUUGGAGGCAUAGUCAGACAUUGAGUUUAUUAGCAUGUGAUACUCAUCGUCAUGGUGGAACAACGUCACAAAGACGUCACGAUCUGGUGAACAGUGCUUGGUCUUUGGUGGUUGGCCAAUUCCGUGACGCAAGAGAGUGGAGAACCCAGUGGUGUCCAAACAAGUUGGUCAGCCUGGAGCAAGCCAGAAAAAGAUGUAUUUGAAGAGUAAUGAGAACCAAAAUUAUCAGAGUUUUAUCCGAUCAUAGUGUUAUUGAAUUUGAUAAAGGUCUGGCAUGAAU